CAACAAUCCUAAUCCCCAAAUAAAGCAACCAAAAACAAUCAAAACAAACCAUCCAAACAAUCUUUCAUUUUUCACAAAUCCCCUUUCUCCCCCGAACAAAUUUUUCUCCCAAAUAUUCCCGGACAAAAAAUCUUUAUUCUUUGUCCAAUUCCAUUGUUUAUUUAUCUGGGUCCAUGGCGGAAUCCGAUAAUAAUCUCGAAAUCUCAAGCAAACUCUUUAAUCGAUCCUUUACCUUGCAACCCACCGUUGAUUCUAACCCUAAACUCAAUUAUGCCUCUCUUAAUCGAGCUGUUUCCAUCAACAAGUUUUACAAUUCUGUGGGAUCAGUUUUCUCAGCUAGCAAUUCUAUCAAAGGUAAGGUCAAACAACUCUGCAGUUUAUUUGAGUCUAAGAAACCCGAAAAACCUAUAAAUUUGAUCGAAGCUGAGACUCAAAACGUAAAAUCUUUAAAACCCAUGAAAUCUUUAUGUUAUAAUGAUGAAUCUUUGAUUAGAUUACCGGGUACCCAAGAUCGAAUUGUUGUGUAUUUGACGAGUUUGAGAGGAAUUAGAAGAACUUAUGAGGAUUGUUAUGCGGUUAGAAUGAUAUUUAGAGGGUUUAGAAUUUGGGUUGAUGAGAGAGAUAUUUCGAUGGAUUCGGCCUAUAAGAAGGAGUUACAGAGCGUAUUUGGGGGGAAGAAAGUGGGUUUGCCCCAGGUUUUUAUAAGGGGAAAGUAUAUUGGUGGAGCUGAUAUUUUGAAGAGUAUGUACGAAACUGGUGAAUUGGCUAGGGUUCUUGAAGGGUUUCCGAGACGGCAACCGGGGCUUGUUUGCGGGAGUUGUGGUGAUGUGAGGUUUGUGCCUUGUGGGAAUUGUAGUGGGAGUAGAAAACUGUUUGAUGAAGAGGAAGAGGUGCUUAAACGGUGUUUGGAAUGUAAUGAAAAUGGCUUGAUUAGGUGCCCUGAUUGCUGCUCGUGAGUUGUGAUCGCCAUGGCCAUCGUGCUUUACUGUUUGCAUUUAGCUCUCUUGAUAUAAGUAUGGAUCCAAAUAUGGCUCUUUGGAUUCAUCAGGUGUGUUUUCUUUUGUGUUCUCCAGCUCGGGAACAUUCAGGUAAUGUUUACUGUCUCGCAGAUCAGUGCUAUGAAAUAAUGUGUCUACUGUACUUAAAAUUACGUAGGGAGAGUAUUUCUCCUGUAUGGGAUGUAAAUAUUUUAGUGCUUUGUUACUGUAAUGGGGUAGCAAAUAUUGCAAAAGAUGUAUUGUAAUUAAAUGGGGUUGUUUUUGUGCCCGAGGUUCCGGUUGUGGAUCCUGAAUUCCUUCGGAAGGGAUUGGUACUUUAAUUCAAAUGUUCAGAUUCUUGUUUGUUGAUAUCAAAUUACUCAACCAUAUUAUGAUUUGUAUAUAACUUUAGGCUUUGAUCUUAAACUUUUAUUGCUUCUCUUUUGUGUAUAA